UCUGCUCAGUUGCAUUUCAAAAUUAAAGGGAAAAGUCCGGCAAAUAGUAGCUAAUACAAUGCUCGCGCUUCGCUCCGUUUUUCUGUGGGUUGUCGCAGCAGUAUCUUGUUGCCAUGGAGCCAAUAUACUGGGUCUGUACAGUGCCCUGAGUCCCUCGCACCUGAUCAUCCACAUGUCGACGGCCAAGGCUCUGGCCGAGGCAGGACACAAUGUGACUGUGGUGACGAGGCUCAAGCCCAAGGUGAUGCACGACAAGAUCCACCUGAUUGUGGUGCCCCCAACCAGGGAGCACGAGCUGGCCGUGAAGAACGCAGCUUCGGACACGGCUGGCAGCAGGAACUCCCGGCUGAGCACCAAGUUUGACCUGCUAACUCGCACCCGGGUCUUGAUCGACUCCCAGGCCGAUCUGAUCUCCGACCCGAGGUUCCAGCGAGUUUACGAGACCAAGUUCGACCUGAUGAUAUUGGGUUCCUACUUCAACGACUUCCAACUGGGAGUUGCAGCCAAGAUGAAGAUCCCUGUCAUUGUCAACUGGAUGAUGCCGUCCUCGGCCCUCAUUGACAGGUUUGUCGGCAAUCCCUCGGAGAUCUCGUAUGUGCCCAAUGAACUCACAUAUGCAACGGCUCGCAUGUCCUUCCUGAAACGCGCUGAAAAUGCGUUGAAGCAACUUAUUCUCAUGUACUCGGUGGUGGCGUUUGACCACAAAUUCAACCGAAUCUACAAUGAAAUCUUCCCGGAAAAGGAUUUGCCAACCCUCGAGGAGCUGAGAAAGAACAUAUCGAUGGUGUUUGUCGGAUCCCAUUUAAUCAGUGACGGUCCGAUUCGACCUCAGGUUCCUGCCAUCGUCGAAAUCGGAGGCAUUCAGGUGAAGGAUCAGCCCGAUCCGCUGCCCGAGGACAUUGAUCAGUUCUUGAACAACUCCACCCAGGGAGCCAUACUCAUCUCAUUCGGCUCCUGCAUCAAGAGCUCCAUUCUGAAGCCAGAGAUCAUCCAGGCAAUCUUUAAAGUGGUCUCCAAUCUGAAGCAGAACGUGAUCUGGAAGUGGGAGGACUUGGGCAACCUGCCGGGCAAUGCCACAAACAUUCUGUUCAAGAACUGGCUGCCCCAAGACGAUAUCCUCUCCCAUCCGAACACCAAGCUCUUUAUCACCCACGCUGGAAAGGGUGGCGUCACCGAAGCUCAGUACCACGGUGUUCCUAUGGUGGCUUUUCCCAUUUUCGGGGAUCAGCCAAUAAAUGCCGCUUCCAUGGCAGGAUUGGGACAUGGACUCGCUCUCGAUUUGCUCACCACCACUGAAGACAGCUUGAGAAAGGCCGUGAAGGAGGUCUUGGAAAACAGGAAGUACAGUCAAGCGGUUCGCAAGUUCUCGUCCCUCUACAGGGAUCGACCUUUGACCCCAAGGCAGUCGGUAGUUUUCUGGACGGAGUAUGUCCUGCGGCACCACGGUGCUCCCCACUUGCAGAGUCCUGCGGUCCACUUGAGCUUCAUUGAGCUGAAUAAUCUGGAUGUCUAUGCCUCGUUUGUGGCCAUCCUGGUUUUGUUCUGUCUGGUAAUCAGACAGGUUUGGAAAUUCCUAUACAGCAAGCUGUUGCUGGGCCAGGUAGAAAUGCUAAAAGCCAAAAAGAAACAGUAAAUUGUAUUAAUAUGUUAAGACAAUUUUAGUCUCUAAAACUAGUUUAAAUGCCA